AUGAAAAACUUACUGUCGUUGACUGUAGUGGCAAUUUCUGCGCUAUCGCUGGUAGCGGCAGUGGUCGAUUCUGAUUACCUCGCACUCAACAAGACCUUUGGCGGCAACAGCUACACCAUACCGGUAGUCAAGGAUGCUAAGUGGUAUUGGGAGAACGAUUACGCCUUCACCUCUGCAAACCUCGAGUUCUUCAACAACUUUAAGCUGAACGACGAGAGCAAGACAUGCUCCAGUGAUAGGCACGCCACACCUUUUAAUCGCCAGGUACGUGGCGCCAAUCUCGGCGGCUGGCUCGUGCUGGAGCCAUGGAUCACGCCUAGUCUCUUUUACCAGUUCCUGAGUACCCAGGAGCGCUUUGGAAAUAAGGCUCCUGAGAAGACGGCAAUGGACAUGUAUACCUUCUGCACGGCGCUCGGUAAGGAAGAAGCCAAUCGUCAAUUGCGUAUCCACUGGGCCACCUGGGUGACGGAGGCUGACCUAAAAGAGAUGGCUGAAGCCGGCGUAAACUCGCUUCGUGUGCCAAUUGGUGACUGGAUGUUCAAUCCCUAUGAACCAUUCAUAGGCUGUACGGACGGCGCACUUCAUGAACUUGAUCGUGUUGCCAACCUCGCGCUCAAGUACAACAUUGACUUAUUACUAGAUAUCCACGGCUUAAUUGGCUCGCAAAAUGGAUUUGAUAACAGUGGCAGAUCAUUGUCUGUCAAGUGGACGUCAACUGCCAGCACGCGUCCCAUCCGUACCACCACUUUUGAACACUGGCCGCUGCGCUCAGCUGCAUGGGCAGGUGAAUUUGAUUUGACCACAAACACGUACAAGUCGAUUAACUAUGAGCAUUUGAAUCACUCGCUUCACACUGUCGCGGCCAUUGUUAAUCGCUAUGCCAAUCACCCCGCCAUUAUUGGACUGGAGCCUGUGAAUGAGCCGUGGGAACUCACGCCUAUCGACCUUCUGAAGGAAUACUACUGGAAAUCGUACAAGCGCGUCAAAGCUCACGCUCCACAUUGGAAGUUUGUACUUCACGAUUCGUUCCGCUUUGGCGUGAAGUACUGGUCUCAGUUUAUGCGCGGAUGUCCCGAUAUAGCUCUCGACACACAUAUCUACCAGGCUUGGAACUCUCCAGGAGCGCGCUUAGAUUACUAUACAACUGCUUGCCAACAGAAGUACGUGAUUGCAGAGAUGGAAAAUGCCAUGAUGCCUGUCAUUGUCGGCGAGUGGUCGUUAGGCACGGACAACUGCGCAAUGUGGUUGAACGGUUUCAACGACAACCUGCCAGGUUAUCCUAACACCGAGUGCCGUAUGAUCCAAUGCCCCGUGGACAGCACGUAUCUUGGUAAGGGUUUCCCGGGCACUCCACUGGACGUUAAUAAGCCAAUCCAGGGUCCGUACGGCACGGGUCAGUCAGGUCCCGCUUUUGGCAAGUGCCCGGUAACAAGCAACACGUCAUUUGGCCAGCAGAGUGAAGAAGAUGAGCUUGAAUUUACGCGCAAUUUGAAUAUGAAGAAGCUGAACGCGUUUGCGUUGGGACACGGCUGGUACUUUUGGAACUUUAAGACGGAAUUUGGUUCGCGAUGGAACUUUCUUGACCUCGUUCGUAAGGGCGUAUUUCCAAGAAACGUUUCUAGUUACCACACUGACGACGACGUGUUUAAUGCCUGUUUGGUAGAAGAUAAGGGUGCGUUCGUUUGUGCGGCCAAGCGUGGCGCCAAUCGCUUUGACCUUGAGAUUGGCUUGGAUUUUGCAUGCGGCGACGACGAUAAAAAGGUGGACUGUUCUGAUAUCAAUGAACGUUUUAAUACGAUUGAGGAGCGUUGUGACUGGGCUUUUAACGAGUAUUGGCAUGCUCAUCGCGAGGAAGGCGCGACCUGUGAUUUCGGUGGUGCAGCGCAUCUACUUGCUGUACCGAGUCCGUCCAGUGUAGCGCAACACGACAUCUUGGCCUCGUUCAUGAGCGAGCACACAUUAAUCUGGACCUGUGUUGGUGUUAUCAUGGGGUUCAUUGGACUGGUAGUGAUCUUCUUUUUUGUCACGCAGUAUCGUCGACGGGAAGAGUAUUCCCCAUUGAUUGGACACGAUGUGAACGAAUGA